CAAUUUCCAGCCAUCAACCGUCUUGAUCGCCACCGUGGCAUCGGGCAUUUGCGACAUUCAAUACAGACUGAAAGCACAGCGUGCGAGCCAGGAUUUUGAGGAUUGCCCAGCGACAGGUGGCGAGGUUGGCAGAAGACUCUCGUUAAGGCUUAUUGUGUUUGGAGUUUUCGCUCGAGCGAUCUCGAACCUGAGCAACGAUGAGGAGUGGAAUUGCUCACGGAAGGCGGUUUUUCCGGUCGACACUGCAGCCGAUCGCGGAGAACUUGGAGUACAACCCCGUCUCAAUCGCUGCCAGGUAUCGCAGCAACUAUCUUGGAUCUGUCAGUCUGCCAACCCAGACAAAGGCGGCCAGCUACAGUGUGAGCUCUUCGGAUGAGCCCACACGGGAGGGCAGCACGCCAGAUGCGGUGCCAGGGCAGGCACUGGAUCCCAACCGCGUGCCUCCAAAGGGCUCCCUGGACCGACAGGGAAGUGGUAAUGUGUCCAAGGGGCACGAUUCUCCAACUAGGGAAGAGCUGGAGCAAUCAGGCUCAGCAGACAGCAGCUCAGCAGACAGCAGCGAGGACAAGUCAAGCUCUGCAACCCCCGCCGGGGGCCCCUCAGGCAGGCUGGGGGAUCCGCAUGUGACCGACAGCGAGGGCAUGUCUCACAAUGCGCGCCCGGGGGAGUUUGCUCCAAAUGACCCAAAGGCACCUAAGGACAACACCCCUGAGAAUGCGCGCAAGGCGUCUUGAGCUGCAGACUCCUGUGUCCUGUGUUUUGGCAGAGCGUGGGCCUAGUACUUUCUUGCACAGGUCAUCCGAUG